AUCAUGGACAAACGAAGAGAAGCGGAUCGGAGUAAAGAACCUUUCCUGUGAUCGGAUUAGCUUAGUCAUCGUACAGCUUUCUACACAGACCACCCUCGUGCUCUCGCGUAUCCCUACAGAUGCGAAACGCGUCUUCCACAUCUCCAGGAUCUACUCAACGAUCAACUACAAUCUUCUGAUCAUUCGGCCGCGGCUACAGUUUGCUAUAUAUCCGCCACAUCGUUCGCACCCCAAAUGUCUUCAUCUAGUAAACGAAAAGCAGGAGCACCAUCAACAGAGCGAUCUGCUAAAGUUUCUAGGACUGCGCUCGACUUGGAGCAUUUAAAUUCACAGAUAUCAAUGGCUGCAUUGUUCAGAGCGAAUAAGCUGGUUCACGAUUUGAAGGAAUCACAACUUCGUACUAUUCUUGUUCAAGCAUAUGUUUCUCAUCCUGAGAUAGCCCAUGUAGUCGAUUUGGAACACGCAAAAAUAAAUGAAACCCCGUCAGGACAGGACGCUGAACCCGAUCCUGCUCCUGAUUCUGCGUCUGAUUCUGAAUCAGAUCAUGUUGCCAGCGAUCAUGCUCGCAAGGGAAGUGAUAAUGAUAUGUCAGAAUCGGAGGACGAAAUGUCCAAAAGAAACAGAAAGGUUACAGAAGUAAGGACUCGAUUAAUCUUAUGACAUGCUGAGGCGCUUGCUUAUUAUUCUUAGCUCAAACAGCGUGGUAUCUUGGAGUACUUCUCCUGCUCCUGUAAAGGUGGUUGCGCAAAUGGUCAAUGCGAAUGUUCUAAGAAUUCCUUCAGUUGUGGUCCAGACUGCAAAUGUACCUCAUGUGCCAAUUAUCUAAACAGACUUGCCCUCUUUUUCGGGGAGCAGAGGCUGCGCGCUACAAAUUGCUUUGCGAGCUGGAUGAAAGCACAAGGGCCAGAUUUGGACCUCGAUUCCGCAUAUACACAAGAGGAGCUACGAAGUACAAUCAUGGGAGUCGAUGAAAAGAAGUAUUACGAUAAGCCGGAAGGAUCCAUAUUCUACGAUGGGUCUGAUGAAGAAAUACAAGAGCUCGGAAAAACGUGGCUCAAGGCUAAGACUGAAGCAGAGAGAAAACCAAUCCGGAUGGCAUUAUUCAAGAAGGCAUUUCUUGAGGAUGGCGUGCAUUUCUUCUCCUUCUGCUCCGGUGCAUGGGAGGAAUCUCGCAGUACUGAUCAUUGUCCUAUUUGUGACGAAUGUAAUGAUUGGAGAGACUGGCAUUGCAUAGAUUGUGGAAAGUGCCAAUUUGGUAUAUCCAUGCCUUGUGAAGGUUGUGAUGGAGUGUCGAAUGGGUAUCAUGAUCAAUUGGAAUGCCUGUAGUACAUUCCGAUAGUCUGGUUAUAAAAACGCCAUUUCACUCCCAUUUCUCAAUACAAAUUAGGUUGAGGCUAUGAAGGAAGCUUCCAUUUCAUUUGGUAGCGAUUAGGCACAAUUGCUAAAUGGCGAAGCCAAGUUCUGAACACAGUGCGUAAUCAUAUACUAUUAGUCCAGCACAAGCUGACAUCAAUACAGUACGGAAUGCAUCUUUCGAGGUGAGUUCAUGAUACACGAGCUUUAUUGUUCUGUACUAGUCAAUCCUCUGAGGCCAACAUAGGUUUUUGAACAUGUUGUUCCUGCUACUGGUGUCUCAAAGCACUCGAAAAGCAAAUGGCACUAGAUUACCAAUUAUAAUUCUCAUUAAACCCUAUUUGUACCUUCACCAAUUCCAGCAGACUUCAUCUAAAAUCUCAAUUCAACGGUUUUCGAUAUUUUCUUUUACAUAUUUCCAUAGCACAGAAGGCAUCUCGUCGCCGCAUCAUCAACCUCCUACUGAAUCAACAGAACUCGCACUUCUCGCUGGGUAUCGCUCGAUUUGGAUACAUGGAAAUGGCUUCUCUAUAGAAACUUCCAGAUUGUCCAAAGUUAUUCUGGACAUCUUCCUCUUGUCCCCUAACGUCAUCCCAACUGAAUUGCCAUGUUCCAUUGUCGUUACACUACAAAAAAGCAAGUCAGUACUUUUCCAAAAGGGUUUUCGGCGAAAUCAAAGAACCGAUUCUGCUUACAGGAGCUGGGCUAUCCGCACUAUGAUUAUAUAUUAGUCUACGACUUCACCAACUCGAACACCAGACACAAACUUACGUUCCGCAAUUUCCAUACAAGUGCGUGAUAUUGAAGGUAAAAUGAUUGCCAUCAGGGUAUAGACUGAAAGUCACAUUGGGAUUACCACUGCAUGGUGCAUCAACUGGGUAACCAUCGAGUGCGAAUGUAUAAGUAGUUUGAGAUCUAUAACUGCAUGUUACAUUCAGGCCUUGAGGAGCUGGAGUAGGCGUGUCGAUCAAGUUGAAUGACCAGCUAUUUUUCUCAUGUCAGAAGUCAUGUAAAUCAGUUAUUAGGUUUGAGGAAAAUAACUUACAAGCCGCCAGUGCCGUGUCUGAUGUUUCC